CUGACGCUAAUCGAUUGAGCGCGUUCGCCGAGAGAAUCUUAACGAGGAUACGAGUGGCUAUCGAGCUAGUGCGCGGGCCCAGAACACAGAGGCUGGAAUCUUGAUGGGCGAAGCCCUCCGUCAGUGUCCGUUGCUUAACGUUCAUAAAACAGAUGAGAAUUUUGGCGCCUGUUUAGGACGGACAUUGUAGGAUGCGCCGUGAGCCUAGGGUUCAUAGCAACUGUCUAAGUGCUCAAACGCCAGUGACAGAGCCACCAUGUCGGGAGUUCAAGGUUCAGACCCGGCGGCCACGACUGGAAACGCCGAGCAGAGCGCGGAGCAAGCCACAGAGGAGAGCGUCACACUUCAAGAGCUGCUCGAUGAAGAAGAAUCGCUCCAAGCUGACGCUGCGGCUGUUUUAGGGGGAUCCGACGAAAAAAAUUGUAGCUAUCCUCAUGGAUAUGUCGACCGUCAAGCUCUGUAUGCCUGCUCGACGUGCACCCCUCCAGGAAAGGAUCCAGCUGGGAUUUGCCUCGCCUGUUCGUACGCUUGUCACGAAGGGCACGAUUUGUACGAACUCUAUACGAAGAGAAACUUCCGUUGCGAUUGUGGCAACGACCGCUUCGGUGACUUCAAAUGCUCCUUGUUUCCCGCGAAGUCUGCCGGGAACCGCGAUAAUCUCUACAAUCACAAUUUCUCCGGGAAAUACUGCCGUUGCGCUAGACCAUAUCCGGAUCCUGAACGGACGGAACCCGAAGAAAUGGUGCAGUGCGUCGUGUGUGAAGAUUGGUUUCAUCUUAACCACGUUGGUCUGAAGGGAGUCGCCAUCGACUCGAUCGAUGAGUUGAUAUGCGAUGAGUGUAUGAAGGCUCAUCCGUUUUUGUGGAAGUACAAAUUAAACAUUGGGUCUCUGAGCUCAUCCGUGUCUCUAGGUUCGGCCGUCGAUGUCGAGACUGAGAGCAUAGCCAAACGACCGCGAAUAGAAAUUUGUGAUCCAGCUGAUAAGUCGUCCGUCGAGAAGGAUGAAGCACAUUGCAUUUUCUCGAGGCUACCCGAGCCGGAGUCGGUGCCCGAAACCGGAGCAGUCUGGCCUACGUCAUGGCGACGAAUCUUAUGCCGCUGUGAAGGUUGCACAUCGUUGUAUGAGACAGAGAAGCUUUCGUUCCUCCCAUCGCCUGACGACACCAUGAGGGCGUAUGAAAAACGGGGCGAGAAGAAGCGUGAAGGAGCUCCCGAUCCUCUAAUGAACGCCUUGAACGGCCUUGGGCACGUGCAGAAGAUCGAGAUGAUUGAUGGUUACAACAAUUUGAAGAAUUGCCUCGGCGACUUCCUCCGGGAACGGGCUGAAGCGAACGCUGUUGUCACCACUGAAGACGUGCACAACUUCUUCAAAGGAAUGAAGGAGAUGCAGUCCAAGAAAGCAGCUGCGGUUCCCGGUUUCUUCUGUCGAUGAAACCCCAGGAGGGAGUUCUGAUUGACGGUUCCCGGACCCCGGCCUCUCAGACGACUUCCCAAGUGUUCUGGCAGAUUUGGGAGAUCUGCCCGUCUUCCUCGAUUCAAGGUUGAGCAGAAGCCGAUGAGAUUGAUUCGAUCAUGAAAAUCAAUUUGUUCUGUUGUAAUUUGUUCUCGUCGGCGAGACGUUUCAACUCCGAGUGAGAUCGAUGGCCGGGUCAGACAACCUCCGGACUCUGCGGACUUGCUCCGGGAGACUGACGAUAAUUCUCUCCCCUUGGUCUAUCUCAAUAUGAACAGUACUGUACAUUACCCCCAAUAAACUCG